AUGUUGGUGUUAAACUCUGAGGCUGCUUCGUCUGACUAUAAAGAAACCAACACAGGAAACGUUGCACCUCAGCUGGAUCGACUUCUUCUUCGCCUCUUCUUUAAUGAACUCCUUCUUCUCUUUGGUUUCCUUCAGUUCGUCCAGACGGCUCUGAGUAAAAACGACACCCACCUCCAGUUCUACUCGCCGCCGGUCAACUGCUGCCUGGACGGCCAGUCGCUGAGGACCGUCCUGCACCUGGACAACGUGAUGGAGGAGCUGAAGAGCUUCGACUACCACCCCGACCCCACCUUCAACAAGCUGGCCAAGAACAUCAUCACCGAGACCAGCAUCAUCAUCGUCACCGGUCGAGGUUUCUCCAAAGCGAUGACGGCCAAAGAGGCUCAGGCGUUCGUCGGGGAUGCUUCCUGUCACGUGAACAUACUGCAGGACGAUAAACUGAUCCUGGAGGCGCCGUCGUCGCAGCCCAGGUCCAGAUCCAAACGCCAGCGCCGAGACACGACCAACGACCUGCUGGAGCUCGUGGUGAAGUUCGGCCACGGCGAGUGGAUGGUGGGAUCGGUUUACUACGCCAGGAAGGACGACAUCCCCCUGGCCAUCAUCAUCCCCGCCGUGAUCGUCCCGAUGCUGCUCUUCAUCGCCGUGUCCGUCUACUGCUACAGGAGGAAGAGUCAGCAGGCAGAACGAGAGUACGAGAAGGUGAAGCACCAGCUGGAGAACCUGGAGGAAAGCGUCCGAGAUCGCUGCAAGAAGGAGUUCACAGACCUGAUGAUCGAGAUGGAGGACCACACCAGCGACCUGAGCGAAGGCCGGAUCCCCUUCCUCGACUACAAGACCUACACCGACCGAAACUUCUUCCUGCCCUCCAAAGACGGCGCCAACGACCCCAUGAUCACCGGGAAGAUCCAGAUCCCGGAGGUCCGGCGGGCCACCGUGGCUCAGGCCCUGAACCAGUUCUCCAACCUGCUCAACAGCAAAACGUUCCUCAUCAACUUCAUCCACACGCUGGAGAGUCGGCCCGACUUCAACGCUCGCUCCCGCGGCUACUUCGCCUCCCUCCUGACGGUGGCGCUGCACGGGAAGCUGGAGUACUACACGGACAUCAUGAGGACGCUGCUGCUGGAGCUGAUGGACGAGCACGUGCAGAACAAGAACCCCAAACUCAUGCUGAGGAGGUCGGAGACGGUGGUGGAGAGGAUGCUUUGUAAUUGGAUGUCCAUCUGUCUCUAUCAGUUCCUCCGGGACACUGCAGGAGAACCUCUGUACAAACUCUACAAGGCCCUGAAGCACCAGGUGGAGAAAGGUCCGGUGGACGCCCGGAUGAAGAAAGCCAAGUACACCCUGAACGAUACGGGCCUGCUGGGAGACGACGUGGAGUACUCUGUACUGACUCUGCAGGUGUUGGUCCACGGCGAAGGACCAGAUGUGACUCCGGUGAAGGUGCUGAACUGCGACACCAUCACUCAGGUGAAGGAGAAGAUCAUCGAUCAGGUCUACAGGAAUCUGCCUUAUUCUCAGAGGCCCAAGGUGGAGAGUGUUGCACUGGAGUGGCGCCCCGGCUCCACGGGUCAGAUCCUGUCCGACCUCGACCUCACGUCCCAGAAGGAAGGCCGCUGGAAGAGGCUCAACACGCUGGCUCAUUACAACGUCCGGGACAACGCCACGUUGGUUCUGUCCAGAGUGUUGCACACACAGUCCUUCCAUCAGCACCAAGACAACCACGAAGAGAAAAACGCCCUGCUGGAGGACGACAACACCUUCCACCUGGUGAGGCCGGCGGAUGAGAUUGACGAGGUGAAGUCGAAGAGAGGCAGCAUGAAGGACAAGGCGAUGACCAAAGCCAUCACCGAGAUCUACCUGACCAGGCUGCUGUCUGUCAAGGGCACUUUGCAGCAGUUUGUAGACGAUUUCUUCCGCAGCGUGCUGUGCUCGAGCUCCGUCGUUCCUCCCGCCGUCAAAUACUUCUUUGACUUCCUGGACGAGCAGGCGCAGCGACACGACAACGUGGACGAGGAGACGCUGCACAUCUGGAAGACCAACAGCCUGCCUCUGCGGUUCUGGGUGAACAUCCUGAGGAACCCUCACUUCAUCUUCGACGUCCACGUGACCGAGGUGGUGGACGCGUCGCUGCACGUCAUCGCUCAGACCUUCAUGGACGCCUGCACCAAGACGGAGCACAAGCUCAGCAGAGAGUCUCCCAGCAACAAGCUUCUCUAUGCAAAAGAGAUUUCAACGUACAAGAAGAUGGUGGACGAUUACUACAAGGGCAUCAGACAGAUGAUUUCAGUCAGUGACCAGGACAUGAACACACACCUCGCUGAGGUGUCCCGGCAACACACAGACAAGCUGAACACCCAGGUGGCCUUACAUCAACUGUACCAGUACGCCAGCAAGUACUACGAUGUGAUCAUCCAGUCGCUGGACGAGGACCCGGCAGCCCAGAACAAACAGCUCACCCUCCGCCUCCAACAGGUCGCCGCCGCCCUGGAGAACAAGGUCACCGACCUCUGACCCCUGACCUCGCGGAGGGGUCGAGGGGGAGGAGCUAUCAAAACACAGGAUGUUGUUUUCCAUUUAAGGACUCACCGGAGGACGAGCUCGCGGACUCUGCCGAAUGUUUAAUUGUGUUAGGACUGAAGGAAGAGGCGCUGGUGGAUCCACAGGACGGACUGAAGGGGGGAUUCUGAACAAGCCAAGUGUUAAAACAUGCUCCGGUAUCUGCUGCACUUCUUUCCAACUUGGCGUCCCGAAACGAAUAAACCAAGGAGGGGAUGCAAAACCUGUAACACGGCUGCAGAUGGGAGCUCUGUGAAAUCAAAGUUAUUUUUUUAAAGGUAGCUAGGACGUUGGGUUUGUGUUCUCCUUGGACCUUGUUGUUUCUGUGUUUGGCUUCUCUGCACCGCAAAAUUUUUAAUUUCACCACAUGAGGACUGGAGGAAAAAAAAAAAAAACAGGUGCCACACGAGGAAGGAAGAUUUAGUUUUGGGAUAUUUGAAGAACAUAAGUAAGUGAGACGUUACCAAAUGUUUUCUUUUUGGUACUCAGCCCUCCUGGAUUGGAAGUACAGCUGCUCCAGGACCCUACGUGACCACUUUGUGAGUUUAUGAACUGUGGAUUUGGGUGAAUCUGCCUCUUAAUUCCUGAUCCGAGGUCAGCUCUUUUCUGUGUCCGUACUAAAUGUUAACCAGGAAAUCUGACCUCCUGUGAGAACGAGUUCCAUCCUGAGGCGUGAAAACGCUCGGAUGAAAUGCUCGAAUAGAAAUAAUCAACCAAUGAAAACCCACUACGGUACACACCACUGGCCAAUCAGGGGCCUUUGUCUUUAACGGCAGAACUGUGGACGGCGAUUUCAGGGUACGACGAGUUUAAGAAAAACCCAAAAAAAUCAACGUAGAUUUCUCUUGUGUCACGGCCAAAUGUUGGUUUCCGUAUCGAUUUGCUGCAGUGUGUGUUUCUACGCUGAUGAUACUGUGCUGGUGACUCCAAUCACAGCUGAGUUAUUUCAUUCUGUUCAGUUUAUUUUUUUUCGUAUGCAGGCUUCCAACAGAGGCUCUCCGUAUGCUACAUGAAAUUUAUCUUUUUAUUGGACUGACACAGUGCCACUAUUGUUUUUUAAGUGUUAAUCAGGGUGGUCCACGUCAUAUCCCGCCAAUACGUGUGUGCAAGUGUGUGUUCAGUAGUUAUUGCCGCUCUGUCGCUACGCUAACAAUCACGACUGCCUAAUCAUGUGAUCUAAACCGCCAGACCUUUAUUUUUAAGUGUGAUUUUUCUUUUUUUCUUUUUUUUUUAAUCAUGUGUAAUUUUACUUCUUUUGCAACACUCUCGCCGUACAUAACGCUGCAUCUGUUUUUCUGUUUUUCUGUUUAGCUGCGCACAUACGAGGAGGUUAGUUCGGGGGUUUCAGAAGACAGGGUAUCAACGGGUUCUUCACCAAGGCUUAAAGGAAAAUCACUGAGUUUAAAUAUAUUAAAUCCACUUAUCACGGGCUCCGUUUAUCAGUUUGCUCGAUUAAAUUAAAGCAGCGCAUAUGUUUUAAAAGCAAAAAAAAAAACGUGAACGUCUCCUCGCAGUCGGUCGUCCUCCUACGUAUCAUGUGGAAGAUUUAAACGGCACGUAUACAUAAUAUAUGUUUCUUGUGUCAUGACUGAAUGGAGAGGCUGUAAUUGAAAUGCAGCGCGCCUCUUUGUGUUUAAUGCGGCGCGGAAAGAGAAAUUAAUUCAGCUGCAGAACACAAAAACUAAAUAAAUUCUUGUUUUUCAUUUAGCUGUGACACAAUAAUUGCUCCCAUUAAAGGGUUUGAUCUGUUUUUAUUUUGGUAUUUUUAAUCUUCCUUAUUAUCCUGCAUAAAAAAUACCAGUUUUAUUUUAUUCCGUAGUGAUAUAUUUUUGUGCAAAUAGCGGACGUACACGUGCCUCCUGACUGCCACCUCCUUGGUUUUAUAGGUUUGUUUCAUGAAUUCAGUUGGUUUUUGUGAACUGAAACCUGCACAAGUCACGUCUGGAAGAGUGUCAAUAAUGUCAAUAUGUCAAUAUCUCAAGAUUUAUUGGUGGGAGGAAAAAAACCUAUAAAGCAGAGCGAGGGGAAUACGUCUCCAUCAACUGUUCAUUUGGAGAAAUAUGGAUGAAAAUAACUGCUACACGUGUCGCCAAGCUCUCCGUCAAUGAGUAAAUUGUGGACCAAGUAAAUUGAGUUUAAGUGCCGUUACACCGUUGAAUAUAAAUGAACUCAUUUAUCUUCUCCUUUGCUUCAUAUUAAUCACCGUCACCACCAAACCAUGAUGUAUAUCUGCGUUGUUCUUCGCCGCCCGAGUCCCGGACGACGUGCUUCAUGUUGAGUUUAUAUCAAAGAUUAGAAUUUACAGUUUGAAGUUUUGUUUUUGUUUUUUAAUUGCCUUUGAAACGGUUUCUUUAAAUUCUGGAGCAAUACGACGUGAAGGCCGCUGAUGGAAACUGUGCAGAGGUUUGACAAUAACGAGGCACCACAAAGAUCCAGAUACCAACGGUGACAUGAAUGCAUCUCAGCUCGUUCUUUUUUUUCCUCAAGGCAUGAAUUAGUUCAUAAACUCCACUGUGGUGCCAAAAAAUCCUCCAAGAAACUCAACCUGAAGCCUGAAAACGAGAGGACCUGUGUGCUGAGUAAUCUGGCAGAAUGUAAAACUGUUGAAAUGUGAAACGUUUUGCACCUCUGAUGUUCAGAUGUCAGAUUUUUUUUUCUAUUUUUUGCAAAAUCUCUCCUGCUUUUCAAAGCAAACCGCCACGUUUGUGUCUCUAAAUGUAGGUUGAUUUUAAAAUAGGACGUAUUUCAUGUGGAGAACGACGUUUUGCUCGCUGCAUUUCUGUUGCGCCGCCAACACUUUGCUUCUUUCUGCCUUGUUUUCGCCACCAGCGAGUGCCUUAAAGAGUAGACGUGAAAGUAGAACGGGAAGGAAAAGCCAAAAAAAUAAAAGGUGUCUAGAAGCACAUGUACACGUUUGUAGUCGGUUUGCUGCACGUUUGUGAUUUUUAACGGAAAACAGGAGCUUUCAAACAAGUAUUUCAGACGGGGCAAAGUUCUAAAGUCAGCUUGCACAAAAAAUACAUAUAAUCCGUCAUAGCAUCACUGUUAUGGACCAUGUUGUUGUAGCUCAUUUCCCAGAAAUGAUGGUAAAAUCUCAAACUUUCCUCUGACAUUAAAAGUGGAGUUUUAUGUGUAACACAAUUAAAAUGAGACUCAACACAAAUUAUUUCUAAUGUAGAAUGAUUCAAAUUUACACCCAUUUAAAUCCCAGGUCUAACUGUUGCGUAGUUAGGUUGAUGCUAGCUUGCUAAUGUUAACUUCGUUGAGCUAAUGUUAGCUUACGAGUAUAGCGAGCGAAGAGUACGAAAUUUGGAAUCCAGUCGACAUUUUGGGCCUGAAAUUGAAUAAAUAUUGUUUAAUAAUAUUCUACAUUUUGAAGAUUUUAAAAGUACAUUUUACUAAAAUAACACAAAUUACAAAUUACUGAAUGUUAUGCCAGAUAACUGUUGUGUAGCAAACUUGAUGCUAGCUUGCUAACGCUAACGUCGUCAAGCAAAAGUUAGCUUGAAAUGUUAACCUUGUUAAGCUUACAUUAGCAUGCAAAAUGGUAACUUGGUGAUGUUCAGUUUGUCAAGCUGACUUUAGUUUGCUAGUGUUCACUUUGUUAAGCUAACAUCAGCUUGCUAAAGUUAAUGUUGUAAAGCUGACAUUAGCUUGUCAAUGUUAACUUUGUAAAGCCCACAUUAGCUUGCUAAUGGUACCUUUAUAAAGCUAAUGUUAGCUUGCUACUGUUAGGUUUGUCAAGCUAAUGUUAUCAAGCUUAUGUUCACAUCAUCAAGCUUAUGUUAACUCUGUCAAGCUAGCGUUAGCUUCCUGGUACAUGACCCAUGUAAAGUGACGAGUAAAUAAGAUUGUGGACAUUAAUAAUUGUGCACUUUUUAAAGAUUUUACAUGACAUUUAAUAAGAUGACAGAACAUACUUUAAAUUAUGCAACGUUAUAACGAUAUAGUUUAACUAAUCGAGUUACGCUGGUUGGUUAGCAUCAUCAGCUUCUCAUUGUGAACGGUACCGACCCGCUAACACACAUUUGUGCUUGUUUGCAAACAACAAUAAACGACAAACCAACACUAACUAAAGACACAACAGACUUUGCGCUCUCUAAAACUGUCAUUUUUGGAAGUUUUAUGUGGUUGUGAAUCGAAGACGGUGGAACAUUUGUUGGACACGGUUGUGUUUGGUGUGUAAACCUGCAGCUCCACGACGUGCUGGUUGAUGUUAGGACGACCUGCGUAUGUGAUCUUUGAUGAAGUGGUUUCCAGACUGGAAACGGUACAGAACAAUGUUGUGUUGACUGGAUGAAGGAUCAGAACUGAGCCUUCGCUGUAAGUAGAUUUAUUCGUGUGGUAUUUGAGGAUCUGUGUGUUUUUAUGAUGUAAAACUGACGCGUAUUUGAGAAACAUUGUGUUAUGAGGCUCACGUAAACAGCCGCUCUGAGAGUUUCUGAAUGUUCUAGAAAAUCGCCCGCUGGUACCGACGCGCCUACCAGCAUCACAGUAUGUGUUUCUACCAUUGUAUAACAGUUUGUACAUCCAAUACGACUUCCCCAUUGUUUAUUCUUGUAACACGGUUGUAGGAAACAAACGGUUUGAGCGGACCGGACCGAGUGUAGACUUUGAAAUGGACACAAACGGCGCAACCAGUAAACCAGAGCUGGUCUGGACCGAAGCCCAAAUCGGUGACUCUUCUGAGGAGAAGUGGGCCAAAAAUCCAGAUCUAGGAAGUCCAAAUAUCCAAUAAAAGAUGUUUAUACGAACAAA